CUAUUAAUAUAUAUUAAGACAAUAAAAAUGUUAUUCAUAUGAUGUAAUAUAAUACAUAAUAUAGUACGUUGAAAUAGUACAUAGUUAUAUACUAUAUUAAAUAGUUGUAUAUAAUAUAAAACAUGUGAUUUAUAUAUUAUAUGCAUUAUACUAUUCCUACUAUUGUCUUUGAAACUCUAUUAUAACUUUACGUUAUGAUAGCAGUUUGUUCUUUAUGCAAGUUCUGUCUAGUCUUCAGAAAAGGCCAUUACAGCAACCUACUGGAUGUUAUUAACUUGUCUGAAACUGGGAGUAUGUCCUUGAACCAGAGUCUGUGAUGGAUACCACUAGAGGGAUCACUGAACAAAAUGUGCUGCACCUUGGAAUGGAAUUACAUGUUUAUCCUUUCUGGGGUGGAAUGCAAUGUGCUUGUGGCAUUUACCCCAGGCUGCUGUACUUUGGAGGAAAGAAUGCAUGGAAACAUGCACUGCUGCCUAUAUAACACCACUUCACAGGAACAAGUGGCCUCCUCUGAAAGAUUACUGGGGUAAAAGCCUUGUGAGGAUCUCCAGAGCUGCAGGAUUUGGUGUCUCCAUCCACUUGUGCUUCUCGCUGAGGAUUUAUUGGUUCAUGGAAAUUCUGUUAACAGGAAAUGAGUCCAAUUUGGCUUUGCAAAGUAGAGCAUGGGCCAAGUCCAGACUCCAUCAUUUAUUAAAUCAUUCUGUAUCAUUGUGGUAUAGGGGAAGGAUGAUGGUGCUUUGUUUUCUGAGCAGAACACUGCAGCUAGCAAGACAUUCAUCCAGUCCACUGGGGAGACAACUCUGCUCAACCAGUGCAAAGAAGCCUGUGCUGACUUUAUUCACCAAGUUUAUUUUGCAGGAGGUAGAUAUUACACUUCCAGAGAACUCGGCAUGGAAUGAUAAAUACAAAUAUGACAUACCUGUUUUUCAUUUAAAUGGGAAGUUCCUAAUGAAGCAUCGAGUGGACAUUAAAAAGUUUGAGGACCAACUUAAGAAACUGGAGUUGCAAAAAUGAUGAAAACCAUUGAAGAAAAUGCGGCUGCUUUGGUAUGGAUCUGAAAGGUCUGUGCAAAACGUACUGUGCACUGUGUGGAAAACCAGUAUGCAUUAUCUGGCCUUGUGUUUUCUGGAACAUAACAGUGUCAGUGUGCAAAAAACUUGAGUGACUUGUGUUCUAUUUUGUAUUAAUCACCCAGUCCAGCUGCACUGGUAGCUCAUUUGCUGCUCUCCUGGGCAGGCUUUGCACUGACAGAAUAAAUGCUGCUCCAUAACAACAGAUAAA